AUGUACGACUUUACUCAGAUCGAAUACAGAUGUUGCCAUCUUCGCUAUAUUGUGCGAUCAUGGUGUGUAACAUAUCAAGAAAGUCACACCCGGUGUCCUCUUAGUGUUGCAAUGUAUGCGAUAAACUUCAAUCGCCAUGAACAAGCUGACCGUUGCUCUAGAGAGUAUAGACUUGCUGAGGACUGUGGUCAGUAG